AUGGCCUCCAAACGCGCAGCCCAAUUGUUCGGCGCCCGCUCCAAUGCCUCCGUCAUCGGUCGACAGACAACACGAUUGAGCUUCACCACUGCACGAGCUUUUAGCAUUGCGCCCAAGCCACAAACUGUAAAUGCUUCGCAGAGCAGAACUGUUAUUGUAGGAAACGCUGCGAGGCUACAAGCAACACCAGUACAGAAAAGAUGGCACUCGCAAGCACCAAAUGACUUGAAGCAGAACAAAGUUUACGAAUUCGAUGAUGUUCUACACAUCCUUGAAGCUCCCUCAGACUCACGCCUCCUAAUCGACGUUCGCGAACCUCAUGAAUUCGAAACAGACACUAUUCCCACCUCCAUAAACAUCCCUGUUACCUCGCAGCCCGAUGCACUGCUACUAGACGAGGAGGAAUUCCAGGAUAGAUUUGGCUUCCAGAAACCACCAAAGGGCAAGGAGGUCGUCUUCUUUUGCAAAGCUGGAGUAAGGAGCUCGGCGGCGGCGGGAAUCGCAAAGCAGGCUGGAUACACAAACGUUGGCGAAUACCGUGGCUCGUGGCUCGACUGGCAAAAGCGUGGCGGACCAGGCACGAAAUCCCCACCAAAGCCCGAUGGGAUGGGUGAACCUAAGGCUCCUACGACCGAAACGAAGCCUACAGCCAGGACGGGCGACAGUGGAGAAGAGGACCUUGGGCCUCAGGGACAGCCACCGUAUCCACCGGGACCUAUGGGCCGACAGUAG